AUGUUGUUGGUCGCCUCUCUGACCCCAUUCCUGCUAUUUUCUGCCUUCUUGCUCCUGCUGCUCGUAACGCUCUCCGCACCGAUCAUCCACAGCAUCUACUUGUUCAGCAUCACCUCAAAUGUUCAGCUGGACUUGAUCGGGACCGACGAACAUGGGACGGUGCACUUUGGUGUCUUUGGAUACUGUGUUACCCCCAUUCAGAGUGCCGUGGUCUGGUUCCAGAGCACCACACCUGGCUAUUGCUCUCCUCACAAGCUUGGGUAUCACUUUGACGAGGGCAUCACGAGAGCUCUUAAUAUAGAUCAGUAUAGUGACUUGAUCAGCGGCGCCAUUACCAUGUCGCUCGUCAUGCAUCCCAUAGCUUGCGGCCUGAUCUUCCUCGCACUCGUCCACUCCGCCUUGAUGUGGCACACCCUACGGAACCCAACCCGCGUCACCCGGCGCGGACGCCUCGUCCGUUUCCUGCCCAUCGCUUCGUUCGUCGCGACCCUGGGCGCGACGCUCCUCACCACCGUGGUCUUCGCCAUAGACAUCUACUUCGUCGCUAGCACUCGUCAUAGAACCCACAGCGAUACGUACGGGAUCCUCACUGAGAAUUGGGGAAACGCCGUUUGGAUGGUGGUGGGCGCAACCAUCGCUUUGUGGAUUGCCACGCUUGGUUCAUGUGCAGGUAUUUUCACUGCGCGUCGACAGAGGAAAGCCGUGGCGUACUAG